GUUCAUCCUAACUCCCUAGUGUUGUCAUAUUGAGAUGUAAAAAAUCACAUAGCCAACUGCCCCACAUAAUGAAUUCAGAUUUCACAUAUCACGAAUGAUCAAGCUGACAUAUACAAAAUAAAAAAUACAUAUGCAUACACUCUGUUUAUAUAUAUACUUAUAUACAUGAAGCAUGUCCGUUUUAUACAAAAGAUGGAGUCUUGAGUUUUGAUUUUUGCUUGUCGAAUCUGAGUGUUUGGAACGUUUGAGUCGGGAAGGGUGAGGGGUCGUCGGCGGAGGCUGUCAUGGCUGCUCGCCGGAUGUUUCAGAGAGAGAGUGGUGCGCGGCGGCCGGUGACGGUAGUUAAGCUGCCGGGUUUGUGAACAGGGGAGGGCUGAGAGGCGGCGGCGCCUCGCCGUCGCCAACGAGGAAGGCGGAGGCAACGUGGAGGCUGUUUCCGCCGGGUUCGGUGAGAGAGGGGAGAACGGCGGCGGCCACGGGUUGCUGUCGCCGGGAGGUUUGAGAGAGAGCAGAGGGAGGCAGAGCUCCGGUGGCGACUCUGUUGCUGUCGAGUCGAGUCAGAGAGAGGAGUGUCGUUGAUUGUGAGAGAUAGGAAUGGGCUGGGAGAGAGUCGGAGGCAGCGUCGCCUGAUCUACGGGCGGCGGCUGGAGAUUCGAGGGAGAGGGGCGGACCGACGAUGGCUGGCUUCAGCUGCGGCGGCCGUCGGAUUCUGCAAAAAGAGAAGGUGAGGCGGCGGCUUUGUUGCUGCUAUCCGCCGGCCAGAGUGAACAGAGAAUAGAGGGAGAAGAAUGUGAGAGGAAGAAAGAGAUUGGGGCAGAGGGAAAUAGGAAGGCGGUGGUGACAGCGGCUUGUUGCUGCUGUGCGCCGGAGAUGCAGAGGGUGGCGGCGGCGUCUUCGUCGUCGUCGAGGAUGGAGGCGGCGGAGGUGCUCGUCGCCGGAGAAGAGUGUGAGACGGAGGGUGCGCCGCUAAGAUUGAGUGUGUGUGUGUGUGUGUGUAGACUGCGUGUGUUCGGGGGGGGGGGGGGAGAAAUAGGGUUUGUGUUGGGCUUGUGGGUUUGGUCUAUUGGGCUCCUGAAGUUGGGCUGAUUUAUUUCUCUGUUGGACCAUGUUUUUUCUUAUUUAAUUUGUUGGGCUGCGAAAAUUUUAUAUAAAAAGGGAGGGGCCUUGAUUUAAUUAUUUUAAAUAGGCUUCCCAAUAUUUAUUACUUAGACUUAUAAUAAAGUUUGAUUAAUUAUUUUUAAAAGAUGAUUUUCAUAAUAAUAUUAUUAUUAUGUGCAUAUUUUAAGUAAUUACUUAUUAUAUGUUUAAGCAUGAAAUAAAUUUGCAUUUGCACUAUGCAAUGGAAAGUAUUUAUGAUUUAAUUGAGUUUAUUUGUAAAUUCAAUUAUUAAAGAAAAUCGAGUAAGGAUAUUGUUGGUGUCCAUGACUCAAGAAUUUUAGUUUUCAAUUAUUUAUUUAUUAAAUUUUGAAAACCCGACUAAGUGAAUCAUAGAAUGUUUAGUACACUCACUAAAAAAUAAGAUUAACUUCACGAGACCUAUUAAGGCUAGAAUUUUUUGUAGGCUUGGUGGACUAAGGGGAUUAGCACUGCUUUCCCAAGAUGAUUUUAUGUGAUUAUGAUCUUUAGGCUUUGCCUACUACCCAAGUGGGCUUACUUUCCAAAUGUAUAAAAUAUGAUUGAGUUAUUAAGUUUUAAAUGUUUCAAUGAAAUGCAAAUUGUUUAUUUAUUGAAAUGCAAACUGUUUAUCCAAUAAAAUAUUUAUGUACACUCUGCUCUGUUUAAGGCUCGCAAAGUUAAUCAAUUGAGGUUCUCUUAUGAUCUAACACGUUGUUUGAGAAUUGUGUACACUUGUUAGCUGACUCGGUGGGUUGAUUUCCAUCGGACACUAACCAGAGGCGUUAUAAGGGUGCUCGGCUGGAUGUGUUCCGGAACAUGAUAAAUAUGAGGCCUGCCUGGGUAGCGUCUCGAGGUCAAAGUAAACUUGUCUGGGUUAUGCCCUCAGUUCAAGUAAGCAAGAGACAGAGAUCCGUCUGUGGCUAACUUGGUUUUAAAAAGUGCGCUUAAGCGCAAAAAAGCGCACGCUUUUGGUGAAGCGCACAUCUGGGCUUUUCUCUAAGCGAAGCGCACUUACCUACAGGAAGCGCGGAGAAGCGCACAAAAGCGCGCCUAGGCGAGAAGCGCUGAAGCGUGGGCUUUUAGUAUGUUACGGUUAGGUUUUUAAAUUUUAAAAAAACUAGGUUUUAUUUCAUCAUAACAAAUGCAUGCCUCCCCUCUUCUCCCAUCCCUCUCGCGACCCUAACCUGUUCUGCCCACCGUCCGGCGCCGCCAGCCGUCGCGCGCCUCCUCCAGCUGGCCGCCGUCGUUGCCAACUGUUCGCCGCCGCCGCCGGUCGUCGUCCAAAGGUAAAGUUUCCAUUUUUUCUUAGAUGAGGAUGAGAAUGAGGGUGGGUGGGGAGGAGAUGGAAGUGGACAUUGGUGAAGACAAAGAUGAUGAAGGAGAUGGGGAUGCUGCACUUAAUGAUGAUGAUUUUUGAUUAGUUGCUUGAGAUUUGAUCAAACUUUUAGACUUGCUUACUUUAAACUUAAGUAUUUGUGUGUUUUAACUUUUAAAUUAAGUAUUUGUGUGUUUAAGUAUUUGUGGUUUUAAGUAUUUGUGUUUUUUGCUAUAAAAUAUAUUGUAGGUAAAUAUAUUAGAAUUUUUUAGGCUUUAGCGCGUUUCGCCUACGACAAGCCCGCGCUUUAGGCCCCGGGGCAGUUUGCGCUUCGGUGCGCUUCACGCUUUUUUAAACCAAGGUGGCUAAAAGGUCCGGGAUCACAGCGAGUAACAGAAUGGGAGUGUGACAUGUGCGCACAAAUGAAAGAAAUUAUUUUAACAUGCUUAGAAGUUCUUUCAAUUUAAAACCUUCUAAGUUAUGUCAAGUAUAAUCGGAUAAACUGUCUUUAGGAAAAUAUGAAAUGUUUCAGAAAAUGUAUGCCCACCGAGUACAUUAGUACUUAGCCCAAAAAUACUUUCAAAUGUUUUCAGGUUGGCUUGCUGGUGCUGACGGGAAGAUUAAAUUUUUAUUUUAGACUUCCGCUGUAGCAAUUACUCAUAAUUGUCUUUUGUUUUUCCAACUUAAGAUCUUCAUGUUAAAUUUCAAAUGAUAUACGUGACCGAGCUUAGACUCUUCACUACUAAAUUUAUGCUAAUGAAUGUUGGUUGUCAGAAGUAUAAAACAAAACUUGUGAUCCAAAGGGGCAUAGCCGGACUUUUUAUCCUAUUUCGAUUUUUAACAAGAUUUUUUCCCUUGUUUAUUUCUAUGAAUUAUUCACACAUCGAUUAUAUUUAUUCCUUAAAGAAUUGGGGUGUGACAAGUAUUAAUAUAUUUUUAUUGUUAUGGUUAUUUAGAGAUAUUAACACUAUUUUUUGCUCAGUUUCUCCAAACUUGUUGCAGGUGGCUCUGAAUCUUUGAUUUUCUUUUCCGAAAACUGCUGUUACGAUGAAUUCCGGCGGCUCAGGAAGAUCAGAAAACCUGGUGAAAUUAGCCCAACGCCUCCGCCAAGAAUUUUGCGAUCACAAUUUUGAUGCUAGCGUCAGUGGUAGUGAUUCAAGAGUUGAUGAAUCUGCAGCUGAACCGAUCAAACCCAACAGAGCUGCGAUUUUGAUCUGUUUGUUUGAAGAUGAAAAGGGCGAUCUUCGCGUGAUUCUUACUAGGAGAUCUUCAAAAUUGUCAUCUCACUCUGGUGAAGUUGCUUUGCCUGGAGGGAAAAGGGAUGAAAAUGAUGUUGAUGAUGUUGAUACGGCGUUGAGGGAGGCUAAUGAGGAAAUUGGAUUGAAUCCUUCUAUGGUGGAAGUUAUAACUAUUCUUGAACCCUUUCAUACUAGGAUAAAUAUUACUGUAGUUCCAGUGGUAGGGGUGAUUUGGGACAGGAAGGCCUUCAACCCUGUCCCGAAUGCAGCUGAAGUGGAGUCCGUAUUUGAUGCCCCGUUACAAAUGUUUCUCAAGGAUGAGAAUCGGAGACAAGAGGAGCGAGAAUGGAAGGGUCAUAAAUAUUUGCUCCAAUUCUUUGAUCACAAAAUUGAGAAUGAGACAUAUGUAAUAUGGGCUCUGACUGCUGGAGUUUUGAUCAAAGUUGCAUCAGUUGUUUACCAACGGCCACCUGCUUUUGAUGAGCGCAGGCCCCCAUUCUGGAGUAUAAGUCACCGUUGAAGGUGAUGCCGUGGAAAUCUUAUUAUUACCUGAUACAAAACGUAACCACAGAGCAAAGCAACCGUGACGAUGAGAGCAAUAAGAAUGAGGACUCUUUUCCCAGACGACGAGGUGACAGCAUUUUGAAGCUCAAGGAUGAGAUACGGCACUGAAGCUACCAAGACCAGUCUCGCAGUCCAGCCCGUUUCGACAUCUGUAACGAUGCUGGAACCUGCUACAUGAGAAACAACUGCCGCAGGUUAGAUCAAAACUGUGAUGUUUUUAAGGUUUAGAGGCUAAUUAAUAAGAAAGAAAGAAUCCUUGAGCACCAUUCGCAGUUGCUGCUUUAUGUGCCUCAGAAGUAUCGGUUUCAUCGUCCUCGGACGGAUCGUAGCUUCCGAGAACGACGGUAAGGCCCCAUAUCAAUGUAAGAAGAAUAGCUACUCCUCCGAACACCAUUCCCAUCCCCGAUGUCGCCCGUAAUUGAGCCUCUUCCGUGCUACCCGUAAGUAUAGGUACUUCAUUAAAAACACGAGGAUUUUGUUAGAUGGUGAGGUGAUUGAUACAAAGGAAUAUUGUUAUUUAAGCAUGAAAUGGGAUGAAUAGUGGAGAAGAGAUAGGAUUGGUAUUAGCCAAUUUUUGUAAUUUACUCCAAAGUUAGGGUCAUAAGCUAUAAUUUACUCCUUUAGAUAAUCACUCACUAGAUAAAAAUCAAUUAUUACAUUGCUAUUCCA